AUGCCGCUGCACCGAUCUGCCUCGAGUACCCGCUCGGAGGGCAGCGACCUGGACCUGGAGGGCAUCGCCGAGAGCGAGCUGGCCAAGCUGCAGCGCCAGUUCCGGCUGCUAGAGGGUGACCGCCAUGCCUACAUCCUGCAGUCCCAGGAGACCAUCCGCAAGCAGCUGGCCGACCUGCAGCGGCUGGAGAAGGAGCGGAAGGGGCUGCUGUGGGACCUGCGGGUGGCGGAGGGCCGUGCCAACAGGCAGCGGGAGCAGGACCAGGCCGGCAGCCUACGCGCCCUGCUGCGGAACCAGGACCAGGUGGAGGAGCAGGCGGCCGCCGAGAGGAGGACGGUGACCCAGCUAGACCAGGAGAUCCGGAGCUGGGAGAAGCGGCUGGCGGGGCUGGCGAAGCAGGCGGGCAGUGCAGGAGUCAGCCAGCGGCACAAGGCCCAGGGCCAGAGGAGGGUGCGCGCCCUGGAGAACCAGUUGGACAAGGCAUCAGCCCGGUUCAGCUCCCAGCUGGCGCUGAACGCCAGCCUGCGCGAGGAGCUGGAGACCCUGCGUAUCGAACGUGGGCGCUUCGAACACCUUUACCGCAGGCUGGAGAAGGAGCUGCAGGAGACACGGAAAGCCAUUGGAGCCGUGAUCGACUCCUCCUCCUCGGCCUUUGAUGCUAGGGAUGAGGCCCAGACCAAGCUGGGGCAGCUGAGGGAGAAGGCGGAGAAGGACUUGGCCCAGCAUGGGGCCGAGAUGAAGGAGCUGCAGCGGGUCCUGGACCACGACCGGCGCUUACGCCACUUCCUGGAUGUCAAGGUGCAGGAGCGGACGUUCACCCAGGAGGCGCUGGAGGCCAAGCGCAAGAGAGAGCAAGAGGAGGCCGAGGGGAAGCACCGGGACCCCAGGGAGGAGGUGCUGGAGUCCUAUGAAGCUGCCUUCAAGCAGAUCCAACAGCUGACAGGGGAGGACGACCUGGAUGUGCUGGUGGAGAAAUUCAUAGCAGUUGAGGACCGGAAUUUCGCCCAGUUCAACUACGUCAACGAGCAGAACAACGAGCUGGAGCGACUGGGGGAGCGGAUUGCCCAGGUGCGCCGGGAGAUCCAGGCGGCGCGGGCCCAGGACGAGCAGGAGCAGCAGGAGCAGCGGGCGCAGACCCGGGCACUGGAGAUGCAGCAGGAGGCUGUCGUGCAGGAGGCCCAGCAGCUGCUGAGCAAAGAGAAGGUGGCCAGGAAAACCCUGGAACAGCUCAAAGAGGGGAUCAGGUCGCUGUUCAGGAAGCUGGACUGUCAGUGCUCGGCGCUGGACGAGGCGCUGGGGGGCUCGGCCGUGGUGCGGGAUGGGAACAUCCCUGUGUUCCUGGGUCUCCUGGAGCAGCGGGCCCACGAGCUGUUGGCCAUGCGCUCCUACCUGGCCUCCAAGAACUACGAUCUGCCCUACGACCCCGAAGAGACGGCUCGACUGCUCCUGGGGCAGAUGGCGGGUUACGCCCCCACAACGUACCCCCUGCGGCCCCCCACUGCUGGGGAGGAAUAUGAAGCUGGGAGUGAGGAAGAGGAACGACCCCUCACCCACAGUGAACUGAGAGACCGCAUCCUCCGGGAGGUGCUGAGCAAGGAGGAGACACCGUCCCCCAAGAAGACCCAGUUCACCGAGCCGGGGGGGCUGCGGGCGGCUGGGGGGGCCCGGCGGCCCAUGGAGGCCUGA